AAUCAGCACGCACUUAACUGGUGCGUUUAUCAGGGUGAUCAACCGGAAUUGGAAGGAGAUUUCAAACAGACACGCACUUUCAGGGCCUAUUACCACGACCGCGCACCUGGGCAACCUGAGCACACGUUAUUUCAGUGGGAAAUACAGAAGCAGCCCUUGCCUGAUUCUGCUGGCGGUGCCGUGGUAAGGCAGUGUAUGGGUGGUAAACAGCGGUAAAGGGAAGGGAGGUAGGAUCGCGGUAUUUGGUGGUAUGACUGGUAUCCGGCGGUAACAUGAGGGUAAAUGACAGAUGAUGCGGGCCCCCCUCCCAUUUUUUCCCCUGCGUUUCCUUGGUGCUUUGGUCUCGCCCGGUUUUUUUGCCUCACAGCCAGAACAGGUGGUAAUGGUUGGUCGUGUCCGUCCUGCCAGCCGCUCUUGUCUGCCCUGCCCUGCCCUGCCCUGCCCUGCCCUGCCCUUGUCCUGCCCUCUCAGCAGCUUUUUCCCUCGCCGCUGCUCUCGCUCUCACUCUCGCUCUCCCUCAGCUCAGUCUCUUCUCUCUCUCUGCUGCUGUUCUCCCUCACCAAAUUUCCUCCCAUACAACUUUUCGCUGCCAUUUCUUCCCCCUCCACGCAACGGCAAAUUUCCCCCCCCAUACAAAAAAAAAAGUACUACACUCGCACACCCUUAAAAACACACACAUACACACCAACCACCAACAUGCCUAAGGAAAAGACCACCCGCAAAACCAAGGUUCGCGGUGAGAAGAAGAAGAAGGAUCCCAAUGCUCCUAAGCGUGGUCUAUCCGCCUACAUGUUCUUCGCCAACGAGCAGCGCGACAACGUCCGCGAGGAAAACCCUGGCAUCUCUUUCGGCCAAGUGGGCAAAGUCCUCGGAGAGAGAUGGAAGGCCUUGAACGAGAAGCAGCGCGCCCCUUAUGAAGCCAAAGCCGCCGCUGACAAGAAACGCUACGAAGACGAGAAGGCGAGCUAUAAUGCGCAAGAUGACGACGACGAGUCUUCCUAGGUGAACGAGGCAGGGACGGCCCCGGCACGAUAUGAACGCGAUUGAUAUGUUUUUAUAUCGUAGUUGUCUGUCGUCUUUGGGAACUUCUUUUUCUUAACUCCUGCCUUGUGUGUGCUCGCUCUGUCGCGCUGUGUGCUCUCUAUUUGAUACGCCUCGUUGCUGGACUAAUUUGUUUUUUGACGUUCUCUUGAUGUUUUAAAUCGGUUUUCCAAUGGCUCUGCUUCUUCCUAUAUUGUGCUCCUUCUUCGUCUUCUUCUUGUCUGGGAAUCGGAAAUGGGAAUGACGGGUGGUCUGUCAAUUGUGGCUUUGUUCUUUCUUUGAUUUUUUCUCUCUUUCCCUUGUUUCACUUCACUUCCCUAUAUUCCAUUUUAUGGUUCUUCGAUUUUUUUUCUUUUUUCCGUUUUUCCUGUUUAUUAUUCUGUGGUACUCUAAUGAAGGGGGGUUUAUCGGGUUCUUAAUUUUAUUUUAUUACUUUGUCUUCCCUUUUUUUGUUCUCCCUCCACAACCACAACUCGUGUUUCUUGAUACUUCUUUUUUACCUCUACUUCUAUUUCCCUCCACUCCGCUUGAAAUACAAAUAUGCUUUCCCCGGUUUCCUUUUUCCUCUUUUUUUUCUUGAAUGCUGUAUGUGUUGCUUAAUCUCUCUCGAGCACACAUCAGCGACAUAGAAACGGAAGGGUAUGUGUGUGGAUAGUAGAAUAUAGGGAUAAAGAAAGGGGGCAAGGCUCCCUGUCUGUUACCACCGCAGCUCUGUUGAGAACAGUUCUCUUGUCAUCUCAUCUCAUUCCAUCCCUCUCUCUCUCUUUUUUUUUUUUUUUUUUUUUUUUUUUCUUACCCUUAUUCUUUCGAUUCCGCACCAUCUCCUUCCCUCUCAGACCUCUACCAUCUACCAUCUACGAUUUUUUUAAGUUCUGAUGUGUGUGUACUUGCUCGUCGCUUGUCUAAUUAAUUGAUUAAUAAAUUGAACUCAAAAGUGCCUAUAUAUAAUCUAUCAUCCAGCACCCCCUGAGAGGCGCCGAAACGAAAACGAAAACACCAUGGGAUGGUAGAAGAGGGGCAUGAUGCUAUAGUCCUCUGGAUCCGGGGGACGGGGUGAGCCUAUUUCGCCCUUGGGCCUUUUGCCACCACCCACUGGCACGCGGCGCCCAGGGGCCAGGGCGGAAGGGUGGGGGUUUGGAUGGAGGGGAAAGUUUAAAUUUUCCCGAUAACUAUAUAAAAAAUAAAAAAGUUUUAUUUAUAAAUGUUAUCUGGUUAACAAUAAUAGAAAUACCUUCUAGAAUGUGCUAGUCGAGAAAAGGUAGGUUGUUUCUAUUAUCGUUGUGGGACAAGAGGGAGGGGAGAGAGGGAGGGAGAAGUGAGAAGGGGUAUUUUUUUUUCUUUGAUGCUGAUUUAAAUAUUUCGCCGGAUGCAUGCACUUCUAUUCCUUCUAUUUUCCUCCUCAUAAUAAUACCUUGCAAAACACAAAACACACUAGAUAUAUAUAUGUGCAUAGAUAUAGAUAUGAUAUAGGUAUGAUGUUGGCAGAGAAUUGACAUUCAUCGCCCUUCAAUUGGUUCCGGUAUCUAUCUAGUUAUAGCAGUAUCAUAACAUGCCUGCUGGGUACUUGUUGCACUUCUGAGCAAAACAAAAAGAUGAGGCUGCAUCUUGCAUCUUUGUGUGGUUUUCAAAAGACAUCAGGCAGGGCGACUGCUCCAAAAAGGCAAGCAAAGGGUAUAUUUGUCAGUUAUAUAUAUAUCUGUUCAUCUGUUUGGGAUUUGGCUAUUCCUUCCACCCUCAGCUAAGCUCUGUGCUGUGCUUUUUGU